AGCUCCAGUGUGCCUCCAUCAUACGUCGGCAUACAUUCGCCGUAACAGCACACGUUACAUUUGCUGUCGUGGUGAUACUCAAAACACAUCAGCUGUUGGGGAAACACCAUCUAUAUCCGGAAGUUUAUCCGUUAAACCCUAUCUGUUAAACCCAGAUCUAUUUUUAAAAUCGGGGAAUCCCCAAUCAAGGCUUUAUUAGUGACGAAGCGAGAGAGACAGACAGACAAAGCUGCACCAUGUCGAACAAACCGUGUUCGUUGAGCUUGGUCGAUGACGAGAAAUCAAAAAUUGAUAUCGUAAGAAGGGCACUCGGAUCUCAGCCUGCGACAGCGCAGAGUAGUCAGGACAGUGGGUUCAAAGAGGACGGAGUCCGAGUACAGAAUGGAGCACGUGGAAAACCUGGUCAGGUCCGGUCCAGGAUACACAUUUCAGCAUCAUUCUGUGAUGUCACACCAGGUACCUAUCCCCGAAGACGUCCCCGAAGACGUUCCGGAGGAUCAACGAUGAGAUCUGCUGGCGUGGAUAGUAUUGUUCGACCAGAAGAUUUUUCAGACAGUGGAACAGAAGAAUGGGGUACAGUGACAUCCCAACGGGAGGAGAGCUUGCCGGGGAUGUCGUUGACGACGGCUACUUCGAGGGAUGCAGGGCAUGGACGACCGUCCAGUGGAGUCACCGACGAGUCCGAUCAUGCAGAUUACUCGAACAUGGCAAUGAGCGUCACAGAAUUUACGUCCCGAUCCAGCAGUGACGAGUACGAAUCGGAAAUUGAAGAAGAGUUAAUUGUUGCUGAGGUGGCGCAGUUGACACACUGCACCCCACAACCUGUCCCCCAUCUGUUGUACAUAAACUCGUCCAGUGGAACACGAGUGAAAAUAAAAUGGCCGCUCUCCAAUGGCCGGUUUUUGAGAGCAGUCGAAGAUACGGACAAACCCAUCCUCAUCAUCGACAUCUACCGAACAAAGUUCAAAGAACAAUAUUACUUCGUCAGGGAGAUAAAAAACGCUAUUGAUACGAAUAAUCGAAUGUAUAGCUUAAUGUGUUUCCGAUACGACCUUCAUGGUGAGUCGUUCUACCUCACCCCUGUAAUUACACCCGGGAACUGCCGAGCAGAGACAUUUGGUUUUCAGUUCCGUCGUGCCAACAAAAGUGACGUCACAGAAGUAAUUACGGAGACAAAUAGUAAAUAUUGGUAUGAAUACCAGAAGCAUGCCUUCCCAGUGCUAAGAUCCUUCGCUUAUACCGAAUAUUGUCUUAGUAUUGAGAAAGGUCAGCGGGUGGUGCUAAGAAACACCCAUGGUCAAACUCCCACAGAGAGAAACUAUGCGAUUCAGAUUUUCGAGGAUCAACAUCCCCUUUCAGCAAGAGGGUCUGUUUCCGAUAGAUUGUCUCGAGGUGUACAAUCAUUCUUUUGUAUGAAUUGAUUUCAUGUCAUAUGUUGUAUAUCUAAUAGUUAUUCAUUUUUAGUGUAUAUAUAUUACGUUUUUUGUGCAUUGAUACAUAAUAAAAAAAAUAAUGACUGGA